AUGAGCGACCCUCAACCAGAACCCAGCACAUCUCGUACACCUGUAACGGCUGAACCAGAAGCUGCUAAACCGCCAGAACAGCCUGUACCCGCUGCGCAUGAGCCGAGCACUGCUGCGAACAGCGAUAAGGCGACUAGAAACACUGACACUAACGGUGACGAAGAGCUAAGGCGACUGGAACGACCGCCAGAGACCCAAAAGAUCGAGAAUCCAGAAUGGGGACUUAAAGAGAUUGUAUGGCCGCCAGAACCUUGGGAGAAUGAGCCGCAACGGGCAGUCAAGAUUGUUACUCAGAAUGCAAACGGACCUUGCUCUUUUAUUGCUAUCUGUAAGGCCCCUUCUCUUCGACCCGACUCGUACGGGCAAUCGGCGAGUUACGAGUAUCUAUCAGCCCUUGUGGGAGAUUACCUUGUAAAUACGGCAUUGGAAAUCGACAUUGAUGCCGUCUUUUCCAUUCUCCCAAAGACCCA